CAUACGAUUUACUCCUUCAUCCCAAACACAACUCGGGAAUGUACUAAUAUGAUAAUUCCUUGUGAGAGUAAACUUGAUUGAUUGUAGUUGACGCCCAUUUCAGACAAAUCGAAACUUUAGAAGAUGAGAAGAGGAAACGAAAUAAAGACUGGAACGUCAGUAUCCGCUGGCACGCGGCAGAACUUGCAGCAUAGAUGAUUUGCCGGUUUGUGCUUAGCUGAGCAAAGAAAAGGACAGCGAAGCAGUCAGUUCUGAAUGCGGUCUGAAAAUGAAGUGCUCAGACUGUGGCCAUGAUAUUUUAGAGAAAGGAGCCAAAUUCUGCAGUAACUGUGGAAGGAAACUUUCUGUUCAACCUGCAAACACAUGCGAUACAACAAAUCAGCCUAAGUCCUUGGUACUAGAAGAAUCAGGGUCUCAGAAAAAUGACCAGCCUGCAGAGAACAAAGACGCCAAUAAAUCUCCUAAAAGACCAAAUGAAGAACAUCCCAACCCAAAGAAAAAGAAAAAGAAGAGGAAGAAGAAUAAAAAGAAGAAAGAUGGUACAAUGUCAUCAGAUCAAGAUCAAAGCCUUUCUGAUCUGUCACACAUUUCGUUGGAAGACAAUCAAGGGAAGAGGACACGUGACAGAGAAGACUCCACUGACAGUGAAAGCUCUGAGAACAUUAUGGACGAACCAUCAGACUUACAUCAAGAUGGGCUCUCCUCACUGGAAGGACAGCCCAGUUCAUUAGCUGCUAACAAUACAGCUAAUACAGCCGCCUCCUCUGAAGACGCACAGGUAAUUCAGGGUGAAAAGCACGUUUCCAGUGCUGAGGCAAGUACAGGGGAGGCGUCUGAGGAAGCUGCAGGUAACCCUAAAGAGAGAGAGAAUGAUACACAGAAAUCAACUCAGGAUCAGACAACAGCAGCUGCUAGUCCAGCUCUGCCUGCCGUCUCAAAGAAUAACACCUCUCAGUCAGGUUCAGGUGAAGAGACAAAGCCCGAUAAUCCCACUGAUCCAAAGACUGCCAAGGAAAACUUAAAGAACAAGAAAGAAGCUAUGAAUACUACACAAUCUGCGUUAGACCAGAAGACUGAUGUAGAUCCAACUGCAAAACAGACAGGAGAUCCCAAACAGACAAAAAAGACCCAACAAGAUCAGAAACAGACGGGAAAAAACCAACAAGAUCAGAAACAGGCAGGAAAAAACCAACAAGAUCAGAAACAGACGGGAAAACACCAACAAGAUCAGAAACAGACGGGAAAAAACCAGCAAGAUCAGAAACAGACAGGAAAAAACCAACAAGAUCAGAAACAGACGGGAAAAAAUCAGCAAGAUCAGAAACAGACGGGAAAAAACCAGCAAGAUCAGAAACAGACAGGAAAAAAUCAGCAAGAUCAGAAACAGAUGGAAAAAAAACAGCAGGAUCCGAAACAGACGAGAACGAGUCAGCAAGAUAAAAAACAGAAGCAGACUGGAACACAACCAAAGGCUGACGACGCCGGCUCCAGUGUGGACCCAGAGGCUACAGAAGAAGACAUGGUGGUGGGGGAGUCUGGGGACGCACAGGACAAAACUUCAGAUAGUGACAAAGAGGACAGUAAAGAUGCUGCAAAAUCCAGCAUCCCAAAGGAAUCGCCACCUAAAAGGCCGACCCAGAACAAGAACAUUGCUGCACGUGAAAGACUUACAAUUUAUUUCCAUGCAGUUCUGUCAAAGGAUUUCAAAUUUGAUCCAAGUGUAGAUAUGAUCUUCAUUAGAGCUGGGUCCGGCAUCGGAAAAUGGGAAGAAAAUGCAGCUGAGCUGUUUGUGACCAGGGAUCUUGGAGAGCAUGGCUUUCUUGUCGAAGGCAGUCUGACGACAAGCAAGAAUGAAGUUCAGUCUGUGUCAAUACCCUACAAAUAUGUUGUCUACAAGUCUAAAAAGGAUGACCAUGAGUAUGAGUACAUAUACAAACUGGAUUCUUCAAAAUACCCUACCAACAGAUGUUUGUUUGUGAAGUCGAAACUCAUCACUGAUGAUGGGGACUGGCAUCAAUAUGAUGACAUCAUCUGUGCUGAGCCAUCAAAGAAUGUGUUGAAACGUUUGAAGGAAACUCUUUGGCCUGAACAACGUAAAAAUCUGGUUAAAGGCAGAGUGAUUGCAGGGAAUUUGAUGCUGGAGACCAUCUUUGAUCUUCUCAGGAGCUGGAGUGAUACCAACUUGAAGAGUUUUCAGAUCCAGUUAGCUCAGUUCUUUGAGGUUUAUGGGAACCCUUUUGUGUAUGAAGAGAGUGGAAAGAAAUGGGAUUCCUUACAUUUUGGGGAAGAAGAUGUGAAGAACAUGCUGAAGGACUUCAUGCUGACAAGUGUCAUUCCUCAGCUGAUUGAUGGAGAUGGAAAGAGUCUCUAUGUUCAGGAUCCCAUGAGAGCAGCUGUGAUCAUGCUUUAUGUGUGGACACAGUAUCAGCUCAGACUUGAUCAUGGUGAAGUCCAUCGGCUCUGCACUGCACUGUGUUUACCCAAACUAGAGAAAGACGGAUUCCUUAAGUACUGGACAGAUUUUUCUCAGAGUGUAUCUGUUUUCAAAAGUUUGCCAGAAAUGUUGGUACAUCUGAUAAAAACUGUGAGAGUGGCGGGAAUGCCUCGGUGGAUCAUGGUACUACCAUUGCUGCACCUCCUCAAAGGCACCGUCAAACCGUUUGAGAUACAAACUUCUGGAAACUUUAAGACUGCAUUGUCCUGGGCAGGUUUGCAAGGCCUCAACAUCACCAAUUCAACUUACAUGAGCAGUGAAAAUAAAAGAGCGCUUGUAAAUGUGAUGAAAAAUCACAGUUACUUAAUGGAGGUGGACACACUUUCGGUUCGAUCCUGCUUGUAUUUCAUGCAAAUUGAUGAACUGGUUGAGUGUAGCAUGUCCGUAAAUCCUGGGCUUCUGGACAUGCUUCAUGUUUUCACAAACAAGGUUCCUCAGGAUAUUACUGCUCGCAGCUAUCAGGAUGUAAGGGAUUUUCUGGCCCACGUCCAAGGUUGUCUCAUUGAGGAAAAAUACAGUUCUUAUACAGAAGCUUACAGGAGAGAGUGCCUGACAACAGCAGUGUGCCUGUUAGACAAGCUCUGCAAAGGGGUCAAACCGGAAUCAUAUACUCAAAACUAUCCUGAAAUUCCAGUAGCAUGCAUGAAUCUGGUUGCAUCAGUGUCGGACUUUGUUCAAUGCAACAAUCAACAGGAAGCUCAAGGAGAUGGAGAGCAACAGUAUGCAAAAGACUUGAUCUCUCAGGCAAAGAGCAUAAUGAGAAACUGGAUGACUCGUUCCUUCAGAAAGGAAAUGCUCAGCAGGACUUACCUUUCCCAAGUUAAGGCAACAGAGGAAAUUGAAAUGUGGAACAACAUCAUCUCCAUCAACUUCAAAGAUGAAGACUGCACAAAAGAGUGGAGGCAGACUUUCACUCUGGAUUUUGAAGGCAAAUACAAAGAGGAGUCUACUAUGAAUCAAAUUGAGUUCUACUGCACAAAUAUAGAGGAACUCAGUGGCUCCCAUCCACAUGUUGCAGCUGGUAUUGAGAGGUGUGCUCUCGAAGCUGUUACGUCUCUGUGCCAGACCAAGUCUGAGGGGCAACUGCUGGAGAGGUUAAAACUGAGCUGGAAGUUUGACAAACUCAUCUCUGCCAUUAUCCAAAAAUCCUGGCCAAAGGAUGAUAAAGGAAGUUAUCAGGACAAUGAAGAAGUGGUCCUCCAGCACCUUCUGUCCUGGGCGGCUGCCAAAGAAAUUUUCAAGAUAUACGACAAAAAGAUGCUUGAGAAGCUCUCUCAUGAUGCGAAGGAGAGAAUUACCAAAGCAAUAUCGUCGAUCAGAGUCAUGAUCAAUCAGCUGGCCCAAGGAGACAUCAAGAUCAGUCUACUCAAUAUCAUUCUGGAGAGGCGAGGUGCCUUAUUAAAACUGCUGGAGAUUGAAUGCUUCACUGAGAAUGGGCAGUACAGGGAUCCUGGCAAAAUGAGGCGGCUGCUGCAGCACAGACAAACUGAAGUGAAAGCUGUUUACCAUGAAAAGGAGCUUGUGGAUAUCGUCCUAACAAUGUGCCACAAACUUGAAGAACACAUGACAGUGGACGUUUCUGACUUGGAACUCAAAAAUCAAGUCAACAUUGAGGUGAUGUCCUUGGACCAGUUCAUGGAGGUUCAUGAAUUCGACAGACUAGCCUCUCCUAUGACUGGUAUUGUCACCUACUUCGACCUGAGUGUAGAAGUCAGAGAGAUGGCAGAAGUCCUGUACACCUUCAGAGAAAGUUAUAUAUUCAAAAUAUGUUGGGAGAAACAUGCCAUAAACUUUGCUGAAGAAGAAAUGGAAGAUGACCAAUCUGAGGAGGAUGAAGUAGUGGACAUAAUGGCAACACCGGAAGUGAUCUACUCAAGCAUUUUCUUGGGUUGUUAUGACGAAUACAAAGACAUCUACACUCAUUUGAAGAAUGGCAGUAUAAGGCUGGAAGAGGUCGAUCAGCUUUUCAAAGCAUACAAGGGCAAGUACGAUGAUCUCGCACAGGAACUGGACAUCAUGUGUGAAGUUGACAAACCAAGUGACAAGCAGUGGAUUCAAAGCAGGGUCGAGCAGGUCGAACAGUAUCACGAGCUUCAUCUAGCUGUAGCCUCAGCUAGGAUUAUCAUGAUGGUCAAAGAGACGCUGGGGCUGCAAGGGGACUUCAGAGUUUUGGAAACGCUUUUGGAAGUUGUUGAUGCAGACUUUAAGAAAGAGCCGCUGAGUCGCAUUGACAAUGACCUGAUGCAGGCAAAGGUGGCUCUGGUGGACAUUACAGAGCCCCGCAGACUCUGCCUACAGGAGUUGGGGCACAGAGGACACUUUGUAAAAUGGGUUAAGGAUGCCCUGGAAGAUAUUAAUGAGUUGAAGGUGUUUGUUGACCUGGCUUCCAUCUCUGCUGGGGAGAAUGACAUGGAUGUGGAUCGGGUUGCAUGUUUCCAUGAUGCAGUUCUUGGCUACUCUUCUGUGCUUUAUGAGCUCAAACCAGACUCUGGUUUUCCUGCCUUUAAAGAAGUGCUCAAUAAACUUUGGAGAGCCUUAAAGAACGAUGACAAACUUCCAGAUAAAUUGCGGGACAGUGCACGUCAUUUGGAGUGGUUGAAGACUGUGAAGGACAGUCAUGGGUCAGUGGAGCUGUCAUCUCUUUCAUUAGCAUCAGCUAUUAACAACAAAGGCAUCUACCUGAUCAAUGCACGCGAUGUAAAGAAGCUGAGUCUUGACACAGCUCUGAAGCUGCAGAUCCCAGAGGAGCAUGAUGAGGGCCAGCAGAUGCGUUCCUACUCUCUUGAAGAGCUGAGAGAGCUGCAAAACAAACUGAUGCUCAUGUCUGGGAAAGGGGAUCAAGGGCAGAAUGAAGUUGAUCAAUUUGCAGAGGUUUUUGCCAGUGUUCAAAGACUAGCUGAAGCUUUCAUUGCUCUUUAUACUGCUGGAAAUCCUCUGUUCAGAAACUGGGAAGUGCAAAUAAAUUGCUCUCUUAGUAACUACGAGCCAAGCAUUGUGAUGGAUUUCAACUUGGGCAGUGUUCUUAGUGUCAUCGUGGAGGGUAGCUUAGACGAGCAGCUGCCUGAACUUUGCAGAAAAAUGGAGAAAUGUCUGGAAUACUGGAUGGAUUUUGUAGACAAACAACGAUCACACUGCUACUAUUUGAACUACUACACAGCUGAACAGAUUGUCUACCUAUGCAGCAAGCUGACUCAGCAAAAUAUGACCAGUGUAGAGGACCAAGUUCUCAUGAUGCUCUCCUUCAUCAAGACAAACUGCACAUCUUUAGACUUGAGGGAAGUUUGGCACAAACUCCAGUAUGAAUUCCUCACAAAGCCUCAAGAACAAAAUGAGGACAUCGAGUUUCAGACCUUUGUUGUAGUGGAAAGAAGUGAGCUGGAAGAUCCAGAGUAUAUCACUGAACUGGAUCCUAUGACAAGUCUUGUGGAACAAGCAAAGGGUCUCCAAGGAUUUGAUCAUAUAUGGAAUGCUUACAUGAAAGACAUGAAGACUUUUCUCCCAAACAUUCUUGAUAUAAAAAGUCUAGGAAGACUCUUGGACUUGCUGGCCAACAAAAAAGAUGAGAAUGAAGAAGAUGACAGUGAAGAAGACAUUGCUGAUGAUGCUGAGGAUUUUAUAAAGAGGCAGCUGCCUAAAGGUCUGGUCAUCGGAAACCCAAACCUCAUUGUUUGUCCACAUGACGAUGUCUUGACAUCCUGCAUUUCCAUUUACAUGAGCAGCGAAGGUGAAACUCUUCCCACCUAUGAUGAAGUCCUAUUGUGCAAUCCCUCAACUCCAUAUGAACAGGUGGAGCUAUUCCUUAGACGCUGUCUCGGCACAGGCUAUAGGGGGCAGAAGAUAUAUUGUCUCUUGUAUGGGGAUCUCCUUACUUAUGAUGUGAGCUCCAAAGUAGAGAACUUUUUCCAGCGAAUGAAAAUGCAGAGUAGGAAGGAUUACCGACUUGCUAUCAUUUGCAGCUCAGAAAGAGAGCAUGCUUACCUUCCAUCAGCCUUCAGCCAAUACAGACUGCACAUGGUUCCCCAGGAACCAUUGGCAAGGAUCCAGAUGUACCUCCAGACACACUACACUGUUCCAACAGAACAAUGCAGUGCUGCAGCUGCAUUUAAAGACAGACUCCGUGUUGGUGUGGUUUCAUCCAAAAGGGCUGGUGUUGGAAAAUCUCUGUACAUCAAGAGGCUCUAUGAAAAAUUGAGCCUCUCCACCAAAAAGCCUUCAAUGCUGAAGUGCAUUCGUUUGAUUGAGCCUAACGUUGAUGAGACUGUCAUCCUUCAGUCUCUGUUGGACACCCCCAAACGGAAAGAACUCACCAUGUUCCAUUUCGACGUCACAUCAUCGGUGCAGAAAGGUCUUCACGAGUUCCUUUUUAAGUUAUUGAUUUUGCGCUAUUUGAUGGACUCUGAGGGAAAAGUGUGGAGGUGCAAUGACAAACAGCUGUAUCUCAUAGAGAUUUUAGAGCCCACAGUCAAGUCAACCAGAGGUGCUACUCGACAGGAUCAAACGAUAAACACCACAUUUACAGACGUGUUCCCAAAUAUUUUCUGUCGACCACCUAAAGAAGUUUUGAUGUUGGAGAGAGAAGAGGAUCCUGCUAUUGUGAGCAAUGAUGAUCCGCUGAUGGAUGAAAAAGAGUUCAGGAGUGAAGCCUUUCAGAGGCCAUACCAGUACCUCACACGCUUUCAUAACCACAUUAACCUGGAUGUGUUCACAUAUCAGGGUGUUGAGGGGUCCCACGCGGAGUGUCUUCAGAUGCUUCUCCUGUUCUGUGGCAUUACGGAUCCAUCUUGGGCAGAACUGAGAAAUUUUGCUUGGUUCCUCAACCUUCAGUUGAAAGACUGUGAGACAUCUGUUUUCUGCGAUGCCACUUUCACUGGAGACACGCUGAGUGGAUUCAAAACCUUUGUGGUGGAUUUCAUGAUCCUGAUGGCAAAGGACUUUGCAACCCCGUCACUCAGCAUCUCUGAUCAGAGUCCCGGCAGGAUGCAGGUCAAUCUGACAGGAGUCCGAGAUGAAGACUUAGCUCCUUUUCUCAUUAGAAAAAGAUGGGAAACAGAACCACAUCCGUACAUCUUCUUCAAUGAUGACCAUGUGUCCAUGACUUUCAUUGGUUUUCAUCUUCAGCUCAAUGAGCAGAACUAUGUUGAUGCCCUCGAUCCCUCUUCUGGAAGGGUGAUAAAGAAGAAUGUCAUGACGAAAGCAUUGUAUGACGGCUUAAGGCUACAGAGAGUCCCUUUCAACAUGAACUUUGAUUCUCUUCCAAGAUGGGAAAAAAUAGAGCGAAUCUGCAGUGUUCUUGGCAUCCAGUGGCCUGUUGACCCCGAUGAAACAUACGAACUUACAACCGACAACAUAUUGAAGAUGCUGGCAAUCCAUAUGCGGUUUAGGUGUGGCAUCCCUGUCAUCAUCAUGGGAGAGACAGGAUGCGGAAAGACGAGGCUCAUCAAGUUUCUCUGUGAGCUGCGGAGAAGUGGAGUGGCCACCGAGAACAUGAAACUGGUCAAAGUGCAUGGGGGGACAACUUCAGAGAUGAUCUACACCAAAGUCAGAGAGGCAGAGAACAUCGCUUUUAUCAACAAAAAAGACUAUGGAUUUGACUCGGUUCUCUUUUUUGAUGAGGCCAACACUACAGAAGCCAUCAGCAGUAUCAAGGAGAUCCUCUGUGACAAGACGGUGAAGGGGGAAUGCUUAACAUCCAACUCUGGGUUGCAGAUUAUAGCUGCAUGCAAUCCUUACCGUAAGCACACAGAUGAGAUGAUUGAAAGGUUAGAGUCAGCAGGCCUUGGAUACAGAGUUCGAGCUGAAGAAACUGAUGAGAAGCUUGGCUCUAUCCCUCUCCGCCAGCUCGUGUACAGAGUUCAAGCACUGCCACCAAGUAUGAUCCCUCUGGUGUGGGACUUCGGACAGUUAAAUGAUCACACAGAGGAAAUAUACAUCCAACAGAUUGUGUUAAGAGUGAUCACAAGCAAAAAAAUCGAUGCAAGUUACGCCACGUACAUUACAAGUGUUCUCUCAGCUUCACAGAAGUACAUGCGGGCAAGAAAUGAUGAAUGUAGCUUUGUGAGCCUGAGAGAUGUGGAGCGCUGCAUGCAGGCUUUUGUUUGGUUCCAUGACCACCAUGAAAUGUUCUUCAGAGAGAUUGAGAAAUUUGAGCGUAAUGAAAAUGAUGAGGAGGAUGAAGAGCUUCAGAGACACACUGAGAAUAGGAACCCUGUCCUCUGGUCUCUAGUCUUGGCCAUUGGAGUGUGCUACCAUGCCUGCCUUGAAAAUAAAGACAAAUACAGACAGAAAAUUAGCAAGAAGUUACCAUAUCCAUACAGCCCAGGAAAGGUCAUGCAGGAAAUCUCACUAAUGCAAGAUUUACUUUUAAGCGGUGUGCCAAUGGGGGAUACUAUAGCAAGAAACAGUGCCCUCAAAGAGAACGUGUUCAUGAUGGUUCUCUGCAUUGAGCUAAGAAUCCCUCUCUUCUUGGUGGGAAAACCUGGAAGUUCAAAAUCUCUGUCUAAAACUCUGGUAGCAGAUGCUAUGCAGGGCCAAGCUGCUCAUUCCGAUCUCUACAAAAUGCUCAAACAGAUCCAUCUGGUGUCUUUUCAAUGUAGCCCUCACUCAACACCAGAAGGCAUCAUCAAUACAUUCAAGCAGUGUGGACGCUUUCAGGAAGGAAAAAACCUCAAUGAAUACAUUUCGGUUGUGGUUCUUGAUGAGAUUGGGCUGGCCGAGGACUCUCCAAAGAUGCCACUGAAAACUCUUCAUCCAUUGCUGGAGGAGGGCUGUAUUGACGAUGAGCCACUACCACACAAAAAGGUUGGAUUCAUUGGCAUCUCAAAUUGGGCACUAGACCCUGCAAAGAUGAACAGAGGCAUUUUUGUGUCCCGUGGUGACCCUGAUGAGAAAGAACUCAUUGAGAGUGCCAAAGGCAUAUGCUCAUCUGAUGUAAUGGUUUUGGAGAGAGUCAGGGAUUUCUUCCAACCCUUUGCAAGAGCCUACUUGAAUGUCUGUCGCAAACAAGGGAAAGGCUUCUUUGGCCUACGUGACUAUUACAGCCUGAUUAAGAUGAUCUUUGCAGGGGCUAAAGCCUCUCAGCGGAAACCCACUGCAGAGGAGACAGUGAAAGCGGUCCUGAGAAAUUUCAGUGGCAGGGAUGAUGUAGAUGCGGUCACCGUCUUCACCACAAGACUUCAGAUUGCACCAAAUCUGGAGAGCAUCAGCACAAUUGAGUUUGUGAAAGAAAACAUUCAAGCAGUUGGACAGGAAGAGGAAUGUCGCUACCUCUUGGUGUUGACAAAAAAUUAUGCUGCCCUACAGAUCCUGCAGCAAACUUUCUUUACAGAAAGUGGUCAACCAGAAAUAAUCUUUGGAUCCAGCUUCCCAAAAGACCAAGAGUACACCCAAAUCUGUCGCAACAUCAACAGAGUAAAGAUAUGCAUGGAGACAGGUCAGACAGUUGUGCUCCUAAACUUGCAGAACCUCUAUGAAAGUCUCUAUGAUGCCCUCAACCAAUACUACGUCUGCUUGGGAGGGCAGAAAUAUGUGGACCUUGGACUUGGAACCCAUCGUGUGAAAUGCAGGGUGCACAAAGACUUCCGGCUCAUUGUCAUUGAGGAGAGAGAAGUGGUCUACAAGCAAUUCCCAAUACCUCUGAUCAACAGGCUCGAGAAACACUACUUGGACAUCCACACUGUCCUGAAAACUGACCAGAAGAGGUUGGUGGAGAAACUGGAGAAAUGGGUGAAGCUUUUUGCAGUACUUAACAAUCAGCAUGCAACAGUAGCUCAGACAUACAAGUACCAGCCCCCAGAUGUCUUCAUUGGGUACCACUCGGACACCUGUGCUUCUGUGGUUCUUCAAGUAAUAGAGGAGCAUAAGGAUGAUUUGGAAAGCUCAGAUCUUGAAAAAGCACUGCUUGAUAAGGCUAAACUCACACUCCUCAAAUGUGCUACACCAGACUCGGUGGUGCGGUUGGACUGCACAGGUCUGGCAAAGGUGGAAAGUGAAAAUCUGGCCAGGGUCUACUUUGAGGAGCAGAAUAACAGCUGUUUAGCUGACUACAUCUUUGCUCAUACAAGGCAGGAAGCCAACUGCCGCUCCUUCUUCACAGAGGUAACAACAUUCUCCAGACUUUUGACUGCGUUUGAUUUGCAACCUCUGGAAAAAAUGCUGGAUUGUGUUGAGCUUCUCUCGCUCCAACAGUUUGACACAGAGCACUCUUUCCUGAAGAAGAUCAGGAGCUUCCUUACUGCUGCAAAUGAAAGCAGAAACACUGGACCGUGCAACAAGAUCCUCAUCAUUCAAUGUGAUUUUGAUGAAGCCACUCAGAGUGCCAAUCUAAUUGCGUCUGCAAAGUAUUCAUCAAUCAACGAAAUCAACAAGAUAACUCAGGACAACACCGAAAACAAGGUGUUCGUCUACUUUAUCACAAGACUGCCAAGAAUGGAAGGAGGGACUUCUUACAUUGGCUUUCAUGGAGGUCCCUGGAGAUCCGUUCAUAUCGAUGACCUCAGACGGUCAAAAGACAUCGUUUCAGACAUCAAAACCUUGCAAAACAUGACGAUCAGCCAGAUGUUUGAAACAAAGAUGGCUCAGCCUGAAGCCAUGGAAGUGGAUGAAAUGUACAGUGAGACUGAGCAGGAGGAAAGUGGCUCAGAUAACGUUGUGGACACCACCGCACUGCUGCGGAGCUGUGUGCAGAGUGCAGUCAGCAUGCUGCGGGACCAAGUGGAAAGUGGCUUCCGCAGUACUCGCAGAGUUGAAAUCCUUCUGACACUCUUAACUGAGGACAAUGAGAUGAAAGGUGAAUUUCUGCAAACUGUGAAGAGGCAUCUUCACUCAUUGUUGGUGACUCAUGAUGGUAACACAUUCUCAUCCAUAAAAAGCAACUGGGUCCUCAAGGAGGCCUCAAACAUUGAUGCCUUACAAGAAGGAGGCACCUUCAGGCAUACCCUGUGGAAGCGUGUUCAGGCUGUGGUUGUACCCCUGUUGGCACAUCUAAUCUCAAUCAUUGACCGUGACCAAAACAUGGACCUCCUGCUCGAUACAAACUGCUCUGAAGCUGUGAAGAAGUUGUGGUUGGAUAUCUUUAGCAAUGAUAAGCUGCUGGAAAUAUCAAGUCUUCACCUGGCAAUGGACCGCAACUCUGAGUCAAGAACAGUCCUCAUACAGAACUACAUUGGCCAAGACAGGAACAUUGGCUGCAGCAUGCCCUUCAGUUGGAGAAUUAAGGAUUUUCUGGAGGAACUUUUGGUCCAUUCACUACAGCAUGAAGGACACACUCAGCAAGAAUUUGUGGAGUUCUUCUGGAAGACACCGCUGGGACGCUACAUAGCAGAAGCAGAUUCAAAGAUGCAGCAGGAGUUUUAUCACCGCUACCUUCAGGAUUUCGUCUCUAUGUCGAUGAACAUCACUUGUCGGGAAGAUCUAGAGCUGCUCUGUGGUGCCUUGAAUUGUUGUGUCAGUGAGCUGCGACUACAGCUAAAUGACACUGAGACAGUGCCCUGUCUUCCAUGGGUCCAUGCUGCUUAUCAUGAGUUCAAAAACCGACUGCAGAACCUUUCAAGAAUGAUGUGCAUUGAACCCCAGGUGACCAAGGACCUCCUGGGGAAUCCUUGUGCCAGAGAGGGUGUAGAAAUGAUGCUCGAUGUGUAUGCAGCUUUUGCAUGUUUGGAGCACCUGGAGCCCAGAGUUCUUGACACAGAUGCUCAAAGACAAGCCUGGCUCAGGCAGGUGAAGAAACUCCAGGUUCCAAUUGAGUUGAUUUGUUCAGACGACAGUGUGAGACAUUAUGGAGAGAGGAGCAAGAUGCUCGCCAACAGAGUCCAAUCUGGAUGGAAUCGCAUAUUUUCUCUCUCUCUGUUUGUGGAGCACAUAUUGUUGGGAAUAGAGGAGUUGGAGAAGAAGCUGACACCUUUAGUUUUGGAGAACACACGAAACCUCGGCCAGAUACUGGAAAAAAAUUCUGACCUAAAAACUCAGCAGACAUUUGAGGCGGUAAUUGUUUUGCUGAAAACAUGCAAAGAUGCCGCUGUGGAGCGCAUAUUCAGGUUUGGUUGUACCCUGUGUCCAGUGUGUAUGGGAGACCCCAAAGAUCCACUCAGCCUUACAUGUGGUCACAUCUACUGUUUGGCUUGUAUCAAACAGUGGUUGUGCCCCGGUCAGAUGUACUGUCCCUUGUGCAUGCAAGUGGUUACCGAUGACUUUGCUGUGGUUCCAUCAGAUGAAAUCAGGUUUCUUGUCAACCAACAUGCUCAGUUCAAGAAGCAGUGUAAUGCUUUCUUCAUAGACCUGGUGUCUACUGUGUGCUUCAAGGACAACUCUCCACCAUGUUCAGCUGUCAUUUUUCACUUGCUGUCUUUCCUCAUGGUGGAGUCCAAUCCUGUUCCCUUCCUCAGAGCAAAUCGACAAAUGCUGACAAAAGUGCUCUCUCCAUUUGAUGACUCUGUGGAUAAAAGUCCAGUGAUUCGCUCAGUUGUGCUCAAACUCCUGCUCAAGUAUAGCUUUGAUGAUGUUAAAAAAUACCUGCAGCAGCAUCUGUUGGAAGUGGAGCAAAGCAACAUCUUGGAUGAGACAGACAAAACAGAACUUUCUUGCUUGUACAUUAACUGUCUGGAGGAUGCCAUGUUUGAGAGGUUGCAGUUCAGGUCUGUUGCAGAUCAGCAGGCAUAUUUACAAGAUGAAAGUGCUUUCCUGAAUGAGUUCCUGCAGUCACAUGGUCAGUCUGCAGAAAAAGCAACUGUGGAGUACCUGCAGCAGUUGGCCAGAGUGCGUAUGAACCUGGAUAUGACUGCUACACAGAUAGUGGAAAAACUGAGAGCCAUGGCAGGUUCCCAGGAACGUGCCCAAAGUGGAACAGCAGCCUUCCUGGACAGCGUGGCGAGCCUGUGCAGGCGGAGUGGGAACGACUGGUACCGAGUCUAUUUGAUCCGUAAGAUCUGCAGCCAACAUGGAGUGGAGUUUGUCCAGAAACUUCUCAAAAUGGAUCAGAUACGUUGGCUUUUCCCUGAAGAAGUUCUUCUACAGAAUGAAGAAGAUUCCCCAAUAGACCAGUAUCUUGUGUGUGGGGAAGAUUACAAGACUAUCAGAGAGGCCGUUGCAAAGGUACUUAUGGAAGGCAAAGUGGAUGGGCUGGACGAGGCUUGUGAGGCGUGCAGAUGCCAACCACAACAGAAAACAGUUUACCUUCUGUUAUCACUGUACAGAGAAGUCACAACUCUAUACAGACAGGCUAAUGCUCGCUUCCACCCCAAGCCUGAGCAACUGGAAGUCCUGGCAAAUUACAUCCAGAAAUCCAAAGUCCUUGGCAGCCCAGGGGUGAAGGCUUUUGCUCAAUGUCUGCUGACCAACAAACUGGGGCCGCUGACUGUUCAUCCCAGGGUUUCUGGGGCUCUGUGUGUGUCAGUGGAAAUAACUGUUCAUUUGGCUGCUGUUUUGCUCUGUGGAAACCAGGGAAUCUUGGCUCCCUUGCAGCAACUAGCAAUGUCACCUGCCAACAUGCAGCGAGCUUUCUUGCCCACCAUGCCUGAGGACAUGUUAGCAGUGGCUCAACAAGCUCUGGGUCCAGUGCAUUGGUACAAAUGUCCAAAUGGUCAUCCCUGCACCGUUGGUGAGUGUGGCCAGCCAAUGCAAAGAAGUCGUUGUGUUGACUGUGGUGCUGAGAUUGGAGGGCUCAACCACAGGCCAGUGCAGGGGUUUCAUGUUGUUCAAGGACAAAAUGACCGCACUCAGAGCGGCCACAUCCUUGGUGACCCCUCACGCAGGGACAAUCCAGACAUGCUGGAUACAAAGAACAUGUCCCCCGUUCCCUUCACCAUUGUCCGAAUGCUAACUCACAUGGCAAUGCUGCUCGGUGCCUCCAGCCACACACAGUUUAUCUCUGCAAUCAUCCGACCUCCAGUCGCUGACCCUGGAGCAUUUCUUCUUUCACAUCUGAGAAAAGAUGUGGAUCAUCUGAUAAGGUCUCUGGGUAAGGGGACUGAUGAAACAGUCAGCACAGUUCACCUGCUCAUCAGCAGCCUCCUGGCACCCCACCAGCAACAGAAAUGGCCUGUUCCUUAUGACAAUCAGCUUUCCACUAAAGAAGCUAGAAAUGGAUGGGAGAUGGAAAUGUGUAAUGCGGUCAUUACACCCCAGCUGAAGCACCUGGAUAAAUGGCUAAAGGAAGUGAACGCAAUCAUUCGGGCUGACUCUCGCAUCUCUGCCAGUCCAGUCAUGAAGCUUGUGUAUGGUGAUCCUCGUCUCUUCUUGAAGUCACUUCACCCAAAUACUCUAAUCCAUUGUUCUGCUGUGUGGAGCUGCAGGGAGAAAGUGUCUUUGUUGAGCCUCGCCCACAUUGUAGAGCAGAAUGAUGGCAAAGACACCCUGCCAGUGCUCUGGAGAUUUUUACACAGGGAAGCGGAGCUCCGACUGGUGAAGUUCCUUCCUGACAUCCUCACACUCCAGAGGGAUCUGGUCAAGAAGUUUCACAAUAUCACUGAGCUGACUUCUGACACCAUUGCUGAAUUUAUUAACAGUCAGAAAGCAGCUUCACUUAAAGCCUGGUACAACAAAUACAUCAGGAUAUUCUUGACGACCUGGAAUCAGCUCAGAGUGUCUCUGGCAACCAACGGUGAGAUUAAAAUCCCAGCUGAGUUCUGCCAGAAGGACCUGGACUUCAACAGCGACUUCAGGGUGCUGUUACCACGGCGACACGGUGCAGGCCUGUGCUCUACAGCCCUCGUCAGCUACCUGAUUGCUCUGCACAAUGACUUCAUCUACUGUGUGGACAAGCACAGUGGAGAAGAGACCAGCUACAAGGUGAGCCCAGCAGAUCUGACUGAUCUGCACGUGAUCCGUUAUGAGCUGGAGCGGGACGUGAUGCCCCUGGUUCUGUCUAACACCCAGUACAGCAUCGAGAGGGGCCAGGAGACCCUUUAUGAGUAUGAUUUACCCAAAAUCCAGCAGCAGGUCAUCUCUCGCUUCCUGCUGGGCAAACCUCUCAUCACUCUCAAUGGUAUUCCAACGCUGGUAAACAGACAUGACCGCAACUAUGAGAUAAUCUUCAAGGAUAUAAAAGGCAAAGUCAAACAAGAGCCACUUCAGACUCUCACCCUGUUCGCUGUGGAUGGAGAGCUGCACUCCUACAGUGAGGUGUGUGAAGCCUUGUCCACGCUGGAAGUGGCCCUUGGCUUCCUUGCCAUGACUGGGGGGGAGCCUCAUAUGCAGCUGUCCUCCUACCUGCAGGAUGUGCUGCAGAUGGGAAACCAGAUGGCUCAGCAUAUCCUCAAGGUCUUUAGCAUGUGUUGUCUAAAGCAUUGUGUGGCUCUAUGGCAGCUGCUGGCCUCACUCAAAUCAGAAAAUAUGCUGCGACUCAAGAGGGAUCCAUUUGUGGGAGUUUCAGAAAAAUACAAAGAGAACCUGACUGAGGAGGAGCAGAGGAUGCUGACUGGUUUCUUCUCUAAGAGCAGUGCUGACACUUUCCUGCUGGAGAUGCACGAGUUCCUGAUGCUGGUCCUCAAAAAGCCCAAUGCUCCUGAUACCUACAGGCCUGACUGGGGCUUGAAAGACACACUGACGUCUUACAUGGAACGCAAAGACAUGGACAUCCCCGCCGAUGUGGAGGAGUUCUUCCCGGAGGAGAUCUUCCUGUCACAUUAUGUGGAAGCCUGGAAGUUCAUUGUCACCUUCAAGCAGGAGCGUGGUCAAAGGCAAUGACCACCACAGUAUAACAAACAAACAAAAAAAAAAGUCUGCCUUCUUCAUUUGAGUUUACAUCUUAAAAUGACAGUAUUGAUAAAUCAUGUACUUGAGGUAUUGAUGCAGAAUAGAUGUGCCUUUUUAAGGAUAAUAAGUGUCACUGUGCAGUUUAUCUGAAUGUGAACUUGGGGGAUUUUUUUUCCGUUGCUUUUUAUAAAAAUCAACAUGUACUGAGCUUCUGUACAGUUGAACUCUUUUUGGUUGCACUUUGUUUUUUUAUGUAAGUUCAGAGAAAAAAAAAAUCACUCAGGUAUCAAAUGCAGAGUUAAUCCAGGGUAUUGAGAAUAAAACUUCCAUCAACAGCUAUCAAGAACACUGUCAACCAUUUUUGCCAUUUCCACCCCUUUUUUUUAAAUCACUGUAAAGCUUGCCUUUAUUCUGUUAUUAGAUUUGCUGUCCGACAUUCCAGUUUUGUUCUUUUUAUUUUAUUUGACUUUUCCUUGUUGUUAAGAAUUUGCAAAGCACUCAUUGUUUCAUUUUUCCAAUUAGUGAUUUUGGUGUCUAAUCUAACACACACUGCAGCCAAUAAAGCAUUUCCCUGCA